AUGCUGCUGACGCUGGCCUUGGGCUCGCUUUUCUUCCCGGGGCUCUUCGCACUCUGCACCUGGGGGCUGCGGCGCGCGCGGCCAGCAUGGAGCGACUCCGACUGCGUGAUGAUCAGCACCAGGCUGGUUUCUUCAGUGCAGGCUGUGUUGGCCACCGGGUCAGGGAUCGUCAUCAUCCGCUCCUGUAGCGACGUGAUCACCGACAGGCACUGGCUUGCCCGAGAGUAUGUCUGGUUCUUGAUUCCGUACAUGAUCUACGACUCCUACGCCAUGUACCUCUGUGAGUGGUACCGAACCAGAGACCAGAACCACAGACACUCCCUCACCACUUUUCGGAACUUCCUAAGUAAAAACCGCCUCAUGAUCGCGCAUCACGCGGUCAUUCUGUUUGCCCUUGUGCCAGUUGCCCAGAGGCUCAGGGGAGACCUCGGGGACUUCUUUGUCGGCUGCAUCUUCAUGGCAGAACUGAGCACUCCGUUCGUGUCCCUGGGCCGAGUUCUGAUUCAGCUGAAGCAGCAGCGCACCCUCCUGUACAAAGUGAACGGAAUUCUCACGCUGACCACCUUCCUUUCCUGUCGGAUCCUUCUUUUCCCGUUCAUGUACUGGUCCUACGGCCAGCAGCGGGGACUAAGCCUGCUCCAAGUGCCGUCGCGUAUCCCCUUCUACUGCAAUGUGGCCAAUGCCGUCCUCGUCGCCCCCCAGAUCUACUGGUUCUCUCUGCUCUGCAAGAAGGCAGCCCGGCUCUUUGACCCCCCCCCGGACAAGGACAGCUAAGCGCUCCCGGGAGUCGGGCAGUGCAGGUGCCUCCUCCACUCGGUAGUCCCACGGACCAGACUGUGCCCUGGGUGCCUCCAGCCCUUUGUGUGUAUUGAUAAGCAGAUGGGUUUGAGUUUUUCUAAAGAAUCUUCACAUGACCUCCCUCUUCUAACCU